UGAAAACACAACACUAGUAGCUGCACAUGUGUUUCAUCAUGGCGGCCCCCGUUAAAAAGAUGGUUGGGGUUUCGGACGACUCCAGCAGCAGUGACGACGAAGUACUUAAAAGAUGUCAGGAGGCGGUUUGGGAGACGAAGGCUGUCAAAAGCAAAGAUGCGGAUGCCAGUGUGAAAGAGUCAAAGCGUCUCGUUGUCGCUGACCAUGAACAUGAUGGCAACGAGCUCCAGGUCACGCCAGGAUUCCAGACGCAUGUUGCCAGAAAGUUAGGACACUUUCUUGACAGUUGUAUUUCAGAGAUAAAGCCUCAAACUUCAUCCUGUUUAGAACCAGCUAAAUGUAACAAAGAUGAUGAGGAGGAGGAGGAAGGAUUUCGUCUGUUUUCUACAUCAGUCCCAGGAAAGAAAGCUGAAGAUCCUCCCGCCCCCGUAAGGCGUCGGCCUGCUCCCAGCUCAAGCGACAGCGAUGAUGAGAUGGAAAUGAGGCUGAAAGAGGCAGCGGUGUCUGUCAAAGAUCUGUUACCCUCGUUGGUGCUCUCACCCCCUUCGAUGGAGUCUCCUUGCUCGGUAAAAAUGACAAAGACGAAGAAGAAAGAUACAGAGGGAGAAGAGAGCCGCGUUAAGAAGAAGAAGAAGAAGAAGAAUCAGGAGGAUGGGGAACAGGUGGACUCAGAUUCUACUCCUGAUGCUCAGAGUAAUGGUGAGCUCACAAACUCAGAACAGGAACACAUGCAAGUCAAAGUAAAACGGAAAAAGAAGAAGAAGAGGCAAGAAGAAAACGCAGAGGAAGAAGCAUUGCACUGAUUUUUAAUUAUUUUUUAAAUGACUUUCUGCCACGGUGAAUUCAAAGAUUUAAAAUAUUUUUAUUCAAAAGCUGGGAUUGGUCUUUACUUUGUCAUUAAUGAUGUUAAAACAAAAAAGUGAAAAUAUUUCAAGGUGAGUUAAAAAAAUGCAGGUAACAUGCUGAUGACAAGUUUCAGAUCAGUUUACAUUUUGUUUAAAUUCUAAAACAUUUACAAAUAUUUGAAUAAAAAAAUACACGUCAGUGUUAAUCUUCCGUUGAUUUUCUGUGUCGAGUGAAUUUCCUGUGUCCUCGUUUCAGUGACAGUUUGACGUUUGAGUCAAACAGUGUCAUCGCUCAGGUGCAACUCUGGGUUUUCAGUGUUACGAAGGCGACCUGCUUCUUACUUUGGUACAUCUUCAUGGUAACCUACACUGCAGACCUUACCUGCUCGUGUUUCUGUUUCUGUAGUUUUAUCUUCUUUUGUAAAAUUAGUUGCACUGCUUGUCCACGUUUCUGAUUGGUCAGAUCUAGAUUGGAAAGACCCUGGUUUGACGCAUCAAGUUCAUAACAGCUUUCGGGUGACUACUUAUUCUGAAUGCUGAUCUUGGGGUGGAUGAAGCCAGUAUUUUGGGUAUUUUGAACUUGCUUUGUAGUACUGGCCCCAAGCUUACAUGGCAUACGUCCCGAUUCACUCCUGAAUCCAGCUGA